AUGACGGGCAAGUGCGUGGGCAUCGUCCGCGAGGUGUACAACAAGUGGGAGCGGCGCGCGCCGCUCACGCCCGCGCACGUCCGGGAGCUCGUGCAGCGCGGCAUCCAGGUGCUGGUGCAGCCGUCCACGGCGCGCGUCUUCUCGGACGAGCAGUACGUGCGCGCGGGCGCCACUUUGUCCGAGGACCUGGCGCCCGCCAACGUCAUCGUGGGCGUCAAGCAGGUGCCCGAGCCGGCGCUGCUGGCCGACAAGACGUACCUCUUCUUCAGCCACACCAUCAAGGCGCAGCCGGAGAACAUGGCGUUGCUGGACGCCGUGCUGCAGCGCCGCAUCACGCUCGUCGACUACGAGUGCAUCACAGAGGAGAGCGGCAAGCGCCUCAUCGCCUUCGGGGGCAACGCCGGCCGCGCCGGUAUGAUCGCGGGCUUCCGGGGGCUUGGAGAGCGCCUCAUCAACAUGGGCGUCUCCUCGCCCUUCGUGAACGUCGCGUCCGCCUACAUGUACUCGGACUUGGAGCACGCCAAGGACGCGGUGGAGGCCGCGGGCAAGAGGAUCCGCUCGGACGGACUGCCGAGCGAGCUGGUGCCCAUGACGUUCGCAUUCACGGGCAACGGCAAUGUGUCAAAGGGCGCGCAGGAGAUCUUCAAGCUUAUGCCCCACGAGAUGGUGCAUCCGUCGGAGCUGCCCAAGCUACCGAAGAACAACCGUAUUCUGUACGGCACAGUGAUCGACAACCCGGACUACUUCGUCAAGCCCCAGCCGGGAUUCAGCGGCACACCCUCCCGCGCGCACUACUACCAGAACCCACACCAGUACGAGCCUGCUUUCCACGAGAAGGUGCUGCCCUACACGUCCAUGCUGGUGAACUGCAUGUACUGGGACGACCGCUUCCCGCGGCUAGUCACGCGAGAGCAGAUCCGAGAGCUUCGAGGCUCUGGGAACCAUAAGCUGCUGGGGAUCGCGGACAUUUCGUGCGAUAUUGGCGGCAGCGUGGAGUUCUUGGAGCGCGCCACGGAGAUCGAACGACCAUUCGCUCUGUACGAUGUCGCUGAAGACAAGAUGCGUGAGGACGGCGACAGUCGAGGCCUUGAAGGCGACGAUGGCAUUAUGAUGAUGGGCGUCGAUAUCCUGCCGAGCGAGUUGGCGCGCGAGUCAAGCCAGCAGUUUGGUGACCGCUUGGUGGGAUACGUCACGGCGCUAUCGAGUGUCACUUCAUCGAAUGUACCUCUGCACGAGCAAAAGGAGCUGCCGGCUGAACUGCGUGGCGCUUGUAUUGCCAGCAAAGGUGUUUUGGCGCCCAGGUACGAGUACAUUCAUCGGAUGCGUGCCGAACGUGAGCGCAGCAAGCAGUUCAAGUUCCUGGAUGCUCAGCAGGAGGUUGCAGGCAGCACGUGCCUGUUACUGGAAGGACACCUCUUUGAUACAGGCCUCAUCAACCAGGUACUGAAUCUCAUCGAGGACCACGAUGGAGGCUUCCACCUCGUGGACUGCGAGGUCCGACCGAACAUUGCAGCCGGAGACAGCGGCUUCAGCACUGUGUCGAAUGCUAUAGUCCAGGUUAGCAUGAGUGACCGUGCUGCUUUGGACGACAUUAUUGCGAAGAUCCGCUCCCUUGCCGAUCUUACGUCUGGUGCCAAGGCCAUCGUCACGGAGCUUCCCGACUUGUGCGGCACGAAUUAUUCGAAGACUCGUGGUGCCGUGGUGCGCAAGGAUGCUGCUGCUAAUACGGCGGCGGACGUGUCAGUCUCGAGCCCGAAGAAGCGACAGAUCGUGUGUUUUGGCGCUGGAUUAGUGGCAUCCCCGCUUGUUGAGUACCUGUCUCGCGAGCAAGGCAAUGAAGUGCACGUGGUGUCCGGUAUCGAGGGUGAAGUGAAGGGGGUGAUGCGCAAAAUCUCUCGCCGUAACAUUAAGCCUCACGUGGUGAACGUAGCUGAGGACGGUGCUGGCGUUGACAAGCUCUGUGCAGAAGCCGAUUGUGUUGUGUCACUAUUACCAGCUACAAUGCACACAACCAUCGCCCAGCGUUGCAUCCAACAUGGAACGCCUCUCGUGACUGCAAGCUACGUGUCUCCGGAGAUGAAAGAGUUGGAUGCCAAAGCCAAGAAAGCCGGCAUUCCAAUACUGUGUGAAAUUGGCCUUGAUCCUGGCAUGGAUCACAUGAGCGCUAUGAAGGUCAUCGACGAAGUGAAGGCUCACUCCGGAAAGAUCCUGUCAUUUUCAUCCGUGUGUGGUGGACUUCCAGCUCCUGAAGCUGCUGACAACGCCAUUGGUUACAAGUUCAGCUGGAGUCCGCGCGGCGUGCUUACUGCAGCACUGAACGCGGCGCAAUACCGCAAAGACGGCAAGAUCGUCAACGUCGCAGGCGAAGACUUGCUUAACAGCAGCGAACCUGUGAACUUCUUGCCUGCGUUUAACAUCGAGCAGAUCCCGAACCGUGACUCACUGCCGUACGGCGAGAUCUACGUCAUUCCUGAGGCGCACUCGCUGUAUCGUGGAACACUGCGCUACGGAGGUUGUUGCCGAAUCCUGUACCAGCUGCGCAAGCUUGGUCUCUUUGACAUGGACCCGUCCAAGCCCAUUCCAGCUACGUGGCCAGACCUUAUCUCCCAGCUUGGUGGACACCAAGGCCUUCGCGAAGACGCCAAUGGAUUCCUUCAAUGGCUCGGUGCCUUCGAUCACAGCACUCCCGUAGUGCGAGCCCCAUCCAUCCUCGACGCAUUCUGCGCACUGUUGCAGGACAAGUUAUCUUACCAACCUGGAGAACGUGAUAUGGCCAUCAUGCACCAUGAAUUCGGCAUCGAGUACGAAGACGGCAAGAAGGAAAAGCGCACGUCAACGUUCGUGGGUUACGGCUCCGAUAAGGGCGACACCAUCAUGGCUAAAACCGUUGGGUUGAGUGCAGCGAUUGGUGUGCAGUUGAUCUUGCAGGACGCAGUCCAAGGCCGAGGCGUGCUUACACCGACGACCCCUGACAUCUACGGGCCAGCCCUCGCGCGACUUGAGGUUGAAGGUGUUCGCUUCAUCGAAAAGACGUUCCCGCAGCCUUAAAAUGCUGGCAUGGCACUUCCGGUAGUCAGUCCCAGGAGCUAAUGAUCGCUUGAAUUUAC